AUGGCGACUUCUAGUUAUAAACUUAGUUGCACUCUCAUUGGACAUGAAGGGGAUGUUAGAGCCGUGACAACUGCUUAUUCACCAGAAGGAGCAAUUAUUUCUGGUUCUCGUGAUAAAACAGCACGUAUCUGGGUUCCUAUCAGUGAUGGAAGAGGCUUUAUGCAAGCGUACUGUUUAACUGGACAUAAAAACUUUAUUUCCUGUGUUUGUAUCAUGCCUCCAAGUGAAGCUUAUUCACAAGGCCUUAUUAUGACUGGCAGUAAUGAUAAUACAAUCAAUGCAUAUCUACCAACUUCUACAACUCCCUUAUACACUUUGAGUGGUCAUACUAAUACUGUUUGUGCAUUAGCUGCUGGUAAGUUUGGUACUUUACUGAGUGGUUCCUGGGAUUGUACAGCUAAAGUCUGGUUACAAGAGAAGAAUGUGAUGACACUCAAAGGACAUUCACUAGCAGUCUGGGCGGUAGCUGUUUUACCAUCUCAAGGUCUCAUGUUGUCUGCGUCUGCUGAUAAAACUAUUAAAUUAUGGAGAACUGGAAAAUGUGAGCAAACAUUCACAGGACAUACUGACUGUGUACGAGCAUUAGCUGUCCUAUCAGAUGUUGAGUUUUUAUCAGCAAGUAACGAUGCCAGUAUUCGUAGAUGGUUAACAUCAGGACAGUGUCUACAGGAGUAUUAUGGCCAUACAAACUAUGUUUACAGUCUGUCUGUACUACCCAACGGAACAGACUUUGCUACUGUUGGUGAAGAUAGAACAUUGCGUAUAUGGAAGGCUGGUGACUGUGCACAAACUGUACAUCUACCAGCACAGUCUGUCUGGUCUGUUACUACAUUAAAUAAUGGCGAUAUUGCUGUAGGUGCAAGUGAUAAUAUGGUUAGAGUAUUCACAUGUAAUCCAGAUAGAACUGCUAGUGCUGAAGAAAUUGACAUGUUUGAAAAGCAAGUAUCUUCGGCAUCAUUGAAUCCAGAAUCUGAUGAUUUAGGGAAGAUUAAAAUUGAUGAACUUCCUGGACCCGAAAGCUUACACAAACCAGGUAAAAAAGAUGGUCAAACAACUAUGGUAAGAGUUGGUGAGAAUAAAGUAGAGGCAUAUUCAUGGAGUGCUGCUGAUAUGAAAUGGAAUAAGAUAGGUGAUGUUGUUGGUUCAGCUGAUUCAUCACAACGCCAGUCUGGUAAAGCCACCUAUGAAGGAAAGGAAUAUGAUUAUGUUUUUAGUGUAGACAUAGAGGAAGGCAAACCUCCAUUACAAUUGCCUUAUAAUAUUUCAGAAGACCCAUGGUUUGCUGCUCAAAGGUUUCUAAAUAAACAUGAAUUAAGUCCACUAUUCCUAGACCAAGUCGCUAACUUCAUAGUUGAAAACAGUAAAGGUGUAACACUUGGUGGUGGGACUCCAGUAACAGUUAGUGAUCCAUUUACAGGUGGUUCUCGUUAUAUUCCUGCUGGUAGUAAUAGUACACAACCAUCAUCAGGUCCAACACCAAUGCAGGAUCCAUUCACAGGUGGUUCUCGGUAUGUUCCUGGUAGCGGCCAACAACCAAUGCCAUCUUCUCUAAGUGAUAUACCAAUGCAUGACCCAUUGACAGGUGGCAGUCGAUAUAUACCAACUUAUGGUCAGCCAACAGUUCAAUUCCAAUCUAAAGGCAAACCACUGAUUAGUAAUGCGUACUUUCCUAAAACCAGUUACCUUACAUUUGACUCGAUUAACGGUAAAGCUGUUAUAGAUAAAUUGAAGGAACUGAACACUGGUUUAUGUGAAAGUGACAGAUUAGAUGACAACCAAAUACAAGAUGUGAGUCAGCUACUGGAUGUGACACAAACACCAUCCAUGAAACAAAUUGAAAUAUUGUGGAAAUUAUUACAGUGGCCAGCAGAUACAGUGUUUCCUGCUUUGGAUAUACUUCGCAUUUCAAUCCAACAUCAAGUUGUUAAUCAACAUUUUUGCAAUGAAAAAGAUGGUCAGCAAUUCCUAGGACAUCUUCAUAGUAUACUAUCACAUGACACUAAACCAGCCAAUCAAAUGCUGGUACUCAGAACUCUCUGUAAUGCUUUCAGUCAGGCUCAGGGCAACCAAUGUUUGCUAAGCAACAGGGAUGGUAUAUUGACAUCAUUUCUGGAGUACAAAGAUAGUAACAAUCGUAAUGUUAGGAUUUCACUUUCUAGUUUAAUUCUGAAUUACUGCGUAGCAUUGGCGUCUAGUUCUGAUGUAGAGGGUAAAGCGCAGUGUUUAUCUGUAUUGGCUGCUUUAUUUCAAUGUGAAAGUGAAUCAGAGGCACAAUUCAGAUAUCUUGUAGGGUUAGGGACUUUAAUCGCUAACAAUGAGGAAGCAAUAGCUAUAUCCAGGUCAUUAGAUUUACUACCGGUUGUUACCAAGGCAACAACUUUGGCAGCACCAGCUAAGGUUUCAGACUGUGCAAAACUUGUGGAAAAUAUAUUAAAGUAGAAGUUCUUUUAAAUAGUUUGUAAUAUUUUAAAACAUUUUGUGUCUCCUUGGCUUUCAUGCAAUCUGACUUGUAGUUUUCUCACUCGCAACAUGUAUUAGUCAGGUAAUGUACCAUUAGAAAACUGUGAAAACAUUUUCUGAGCUGUGUGAGAUUGCUGAUUGUCUUUUAUAACACAGGUUGACUGUACUUUGUAGAUAGGACAUGCCCAUACUGUCAAAUUGCUAUGUAUGUAUAACAGUGGCUAUUACAUGCACGGUAGUUGAGAAAAUUCACCUAUUCUGAAGUAACCCUUCCUGAUACCAAGUGACCUCACACGUUACUGUACUUUGCCCAUUAGAUUAUACCUAAAUAAAAAAAGGAGCAUUUGUUGAAUGCUGGAUCUUUCAAAUACGACUCUUUUUGACCAUGUCGUGUAAAUAAGGGCCACAAAAAGAAGCAAAUAUAGUACCAGAUUGUAUCCUAUGUGCCAAGAAUGUUGUAGCACAUGUUAAACUACUAAUUUCUGGCAUCAGGAAAUCCUCAUUAUUUGCUAAAAUGGGCUUACUAUAAAAAUGUGAUGAGUGAACUUCAUUAAGCCACAUGGUUGACCCUUAAAGGUCAUACAUCCUGGUACUAUCUGACCCCUAAAGGUCAUACAUCCUGGUACUAUCUGACCUCUAAAGGUCAUACAUCCUGGUACUUUCUGACCCCUAAAUGUCAUACAUCAUGGUACUUGCUGACCCCUAAAGGUCGUACAUCCUGGUACUAUCUGGGGGAAUUGUAUGAUUUUUUAAUUUUUUUGAAAAUAAAUCGUGAAAUGCCCUUAGUCUCCCAGGUUUGUGAUAUUUAAGGCCUACUAGUAUUGUUAUUCCAAGUUGUACAAACAUUAUCAUUGCACACCAUGUACAUACAGUAUGAAUUUUUAUAAAGAAUGAUGCAUUAUGUCCUUAUGGGAUAUUAGUUCUAAAUGCCAGUAAUGCACUUUUGGUAUUGAAAACUGAUUCAAGAUUUGUUCUGAAAUAUUUGCUGUAUAUUUUGCAAAAAUAAAAAAAAAAACUCUUUAAUUCAC